GUGGGCAGGCCGGAUGCUAAUUUGGUUCAAUUCCCUGCAGAGUGAUUUUAAGCUUCACAUGUAUCGCAGUGCUACGGGUGGAGGCGCCUCUGUCCUACAAACUUUAUGGAUUCCGCUACAAACCUGUAAUUUUGAAAUACGCUCUGUAUUUGGCGUUUAAAGGCCAUUUCAUUUGCACACGGGAUCUAGACAAUUAACUGAAAAAUGAUUCCCCGAACGGGUGUGGGCUAUGGGGUGGAGGUCUGAGGCAUGGCCUGGUUCUGGCCCCCCUUGGUGAACAACACCCAGUAGCCCUGAGAUGAUGAGUGGCCCUCCACCCUGGCACUCCUCUAAGUGAUGAAGACCCCUGCCAUCCUCCUCCUCAUCCUGUCUGUCCUGUGCAGAACUGUGCUUGUGUCAACGAAGUCGGUGAAGCACACAGUGGAGGAAUGGAACAAAUACAGGAGCGAGUGCCUGCUGAGAAUGAGCACGGACCCCACACCCCCAGGCUUAUUCUGCGGCCGCAUGUUUGACAUGUACGCCUGCUGGCCGGAGGGCAUCCCCAACACCACCGUUAAAGUGCCCUGCCCGUGGUACCUCCCCUGGUACAACCAAGUUCGUAAUGGAUAUGUGUUGCGGGAGUGUGGGCCUGAUGGCCAAUGGGCCAUUAACAACACCAGUAGCACCUGGAGGGACCACUCCCAGUGCAACGCAGACAAUAACCAGCAGGUGGCACAGGAGAACCAGAUGGUGAUCUUGGCCUACUUCCGGGUGAUGUACACUGUGGGCUACUCUCUGUCCCUGGCCAGCCUUUCCCUGGCCCUCAUCAUACUGCUCAUCUUCAGGAAACUAAGGUGCACCAGGAACUAUAUCCACACCAAUCUGUUUGCGUCCUUCAUCCUGCGAGCCAUAUCCAUCCUCACCAGAGAUGCUGUUCUCACCAGGGACACCCCCGAGUUCAGAGACAACAGAGACGUGUCCAACGUCCUCAGUGAUCAGGCUCUCUCUGGCUGCCGUGUGGCCCAGGUGCUGAUGCAGUACUGUGUGGGGGCUAACUACUACUGGCUGCUGGUGGAAGGCCUGUACCUUCACAACCUGCUGGUGCUCAUGGUCUUCUCUGAGAACAGCUACUUCUGUGGAUACCUCUUCAUCGGCUGGGGAWCCCCAGUGUUAUUUGUGGUCCCCUGGAUUAUAGUGCGGUACCUGUAUGAGAACGCACGGUGCUGGGAGAUCAACGAGAACAUGGCGUACUGGUGGAUCAUCCGCACACCCAUCCUCCUGGCCAUUCUGGUCAACUUUUUCAUAUUUAUUCGGAUCAUACAGAUCCUUGUCUCCAAAUUAAAGGCGCGCCAAAUGAGGUACACAGAUUAUAAAUUCAGGUUGGCUAAGUCCACUCUGACCCUCAUCCCUCUCCUGGGCAUCCAUGAGGUUGUCUUUGCCGUGAUGUCAGAGGAACAGACUGAGGGCGUCCUCCGAAAUAUCAACCUCUUCUUUGAACUUUUCUUCAAUUCUUUCCAGGGUCUCCUGGUUGCCAUCCUGUACUGCUUCGUCAAUAAAGAGGUGCAGUCAGAGAUAAAGAAGAAGUGGCAGCGAUGGAAGCUGGGCAUGACCGUCCUGGACGACCUUCGCAACACCGGCAGCAACACGCCACAGGGGGGCACCGGCGGCGGGCAGUGCCACCACGACCCGCCCUGCCAGCCUGACUGUCCACAGGAGGAUACCCACAACCUCUCCUCGGACGCCUCCGCCUCGGGGCCGCAUGCCCACCCGCGCCCACACCACCACCCAGGGGCCAAGAAGGGCAAGGCCUACUGCUACAUUUCCGCCCGCAAGCAGGUGCUGAACGGCCUUGAUGGAACUCCGCUGGGCAACGGGGGAGGAGAAGGAGCCAUCAAAUACUCUGAGAGCUACUGCUGAGUGGCCCUGUUGGGGGCUAACGAGGGCUAACGAGGGCUAACGAGUAGCUGGCUACCUUUGUAAUUUCUAGUGGAAGGAAUCCGAACCAGACUUAUCACCUGCUUCCGAUUCAGUUGUGUACUUCCAGAUCUAUGUGGCCUACUUGGUGUUUUCGUCGAACCCAUGUCUUAAUAAUGGUGUGAACAUGAUCCGGGACUCUUUGGAUGAUUGCCAGAAUGCCUUUUCUGCACUGUGUGUUGUGACUCCUAGAGGCUUCCAGUGGCAGAUAAGAUGACCCAUCCCAAGUGAAAUAUCGCCUCAAUCGACCCAGAUGUUGAGGAAAGCUACUUAAAUUAGGAAAUGAACACCGUCCAACCCUUAUCUGCUCAGAUUUGACUGUUUUGGGGGGUUUGCCUCUUUGUUCUCUACCUCUCGCUCUACUUGUGGACAAAGUGGAAAAGUUAUGUGCCAACCGUGGACCGUCUUUUCAUGUGCAAUGGAUAUUAUAACAAUAGUGUGUUUUAUAUGUUGGUAUUGGAAAAAGUCUCUGUGAGGGACUUAGAAAAGGCAAGAGGUGAGCAAACCAAUAUUGUCUUCCCCAGUGAGUUAGCCACACACACACACACACACACUAUGGUUUCCCUAGGCAACGCUGUGUUUUGAAUUCCUCUCACCCAACCGUUGAAAACCUCUCAUGCCCCUUGCUCUCUAGCCAUACGUUUAUCGCAACCUUAUAGUCGUAGCUGAAUACAGUGAGCAAAGGAACCGCGCUCUUACGCAAUACCAAUAUCAUAGACCUCAAGGAAGGCACAUCACUUUCAUGGUGACGGCUGUGUGUGAGGCAUGACUCCUGCAAAAUGACUCGAGGCUGAGAAAGACAGGCACGUAAUCAGAAACAUCUAAGGAAGGUUCGAUCACAUGCACUAUAUAGAAGAUAACUAGCAAGAGAUGUAUUCUUCAAAUGGAGUCAGUGGGGGAAGGGGAGUUCCUUUACUGCGCUGUCUAAGGGGGUUGAAUGAUUUGUAAUGUCCUAUUAACAUAGUGAAAACUAUCACAGAAUGGAAGGUGACCAUAAUCCAGAGGUCUUUUAAGCGCUGUAUCUAUACGCCACAGGAGGUUGGUGGCACCUUAAUUGGGGAGGACAGGCUCAUGGUAAUGGUUGGAGUGGAAUAGGC